AUGGGAACUACAACCUCGAGCUGCCAUGUUGAAGAAACAGUAGCUUCACAUUAUGACCACGCUCCUGUUUUAGAAGAGAAAAUAGAUGGAUCGGCCUGUUUACGACUUCAUAGGAUCACCUCUUAUCGUUUUGAGGCUAUCCUUUAUAACCCCCAAUACUCCCCAAACUGUUUUAGUCUAUAUCGAUUGGCUGAAGAAGUAGAAGCCAGGAAGAAGUUCAAGUAAGCUACCUUUACUUAUCUGCUCUAUGUUGUGCUUUUCGUUGGCUCAGGUUGUAUAAAUUGAGCGAAUUCGGUUAUUAUUACUUUCAUUUAUUUACACUUUCAACGUUAAUCGCAUUCAAGGUUUACUCAAGCUUAAUUUUUAUGUCAAAGUUGUUUUUCAUUAAAUUAACUGUUACUUGAAAUUUUUUUCGGUUGUGUGGAAUCAUUUUUAGCCACAUAAAUAGUUUUAAAUACAUUUGUAUAAUUAUAUUUUGGGAUAUUUUGUUUGUAGAGUAUUUUAUGAGAGACUUGCACCAUUUUACCUGAGUUCUGCCAAGUGUUACAAUACUGAAGUUCUGCAAGAACUUACCUCCUGUUUGGAGCAGCAUCCUGAUUGGUCAUUAGCUCAUGUGGCUUCACACGUGAACCUGACCGAAUGUUUAGAGAACAAGGAGAUAGCAGAUACUGUGGACAGUGCAUGCCAGGAUAAACAACGGACACCUCUACACCUUGCCUCUAGGGUGAGAACUUCUACUACAUGUAGCUCUUACGCACUAGUCAAUUGCAACCCUGACCCGUAAACCCCCACGGAUAGUGGGGAUUUUACGGAGCAAUAGUGUGGCAAAUACGUCGAUUUUACAUUCAUUUCUUGCACUAUCCCCUGGGAAAUUACCAAAAAUUUACAGCUACACACAUCUAUCCCCAGGGUGGGGAGUCAGUUGACCAUGAUCAAUGAUGUCAAGCCUUCAUGAAGGCUGUGACUUUCAAUGCAAACUAGCACAGUUUGAAAGGUAUUUUAGCCACUCCCUCCUGAAAAAUUAAUAAUUAGGAUAGGAUAAAUUUGUUGUAUUCGAAACUAUUCUGAAUUUUAGCAUAAUUAUGGCUAAAAUUGGCAAAAGGACGUGGAUCAUGGAGAUCCAUCCUGCUGUAAGAGUGACCCGUGCAGCUCCUCAAAAGUUUGCCCCAUGAUCCUUUGCCAACUGCUGCCCAACCUUCUCUGGGCUAUAUGCUUUUUAUGAUAUGGCUGUUCCGGUCCAAGCAUUACUAACAUGCAACAAAUUUAAACAAAAUGCAAAAACACAGAUCCAUGAACACAAUGUUUCUCUUAUUGUUGUUAUGUUUUUGGCUAAAAGGGCUUAUGAAGCUGAAAUUUGGUUUCAAACAUUUACAUCACUACGUAUAAAACUAUUUUUUUGAACCUAUGCUUUGUAGACCAUUACGUGAAUCUUUGUUAUACGUUGAUAACAUCAUUUUGAUCAGUAUCUGAAAGUUUUUAAAAGGACUCAGUUUGUUUAUGGCUUUUUUUGCAUGGAGGAGAGAUACAAUACAUGACUCAAUUCAAAUAUUUGAUCAGUUAAAGUGAGUCAUUUUUUAAACUUGAAUUAUAUAGUGGUUUGUUAACAGACAGCUUAUCAGGAAGGGGUAAUUACCACGUGAAUCUGUCCCUCGGACCUGGGGUAACUUCUUUAUAAUUAAAUUACGAGGAUACUUUUGUAAAUUUCCCCACUAUUCCCCAGGGAUUUGGGGGUAGUGGUUGCAACUGACUAGUACAUUACAAUCUCUCCUUAACCCAGAUUGUGAUGCCAAAAUUGUCCUAAGCUGAACUUAGGCUACAUUUAAACAGCACUCGCCAAUUUUUCAACCUGUUUAGUCUGUGUGUUUAGUUGUUCCGUUCAUUCAGAACCACCUUAAUUGUGCAAAAUUUAGAUUCCUAGCCAUUCAAAGUUCCGUGUGAACAGAGCAAUGAAAAUGAAUGGUUCCGUGUGAAGGAACGUGACCAGUCAAAUGUUUCAGCUAGUUGAAAAUUCAUCCAGUGUCAUGUGAGGGUAGCCUUACUUCAAAUUUUAGGCCAUGGUCAUGUUGUUGGUUCAAUUUUAUCCUUGGUUUAAAUUUCAUUUUUCUUUGUUUCAAACUCAUUUCAUACAUAAUUUACCAUACCCAAAAGCAAAGGAAAAUAAAAUUUAAACCAAGGAUAAAAUUGAACCACAACAGUUCCAUCACUAAUAGAAGGUUAGAUCUUCUGUCCAUAACGUAUCACUAAAUCCAAAGCAUUAACAUUCUUAUGGAAGAUAAACAUUGAUUAUUUUUGCCUCAGAGGCAUCUGAUUUUGCAAACUUAAACUUUUUUCCUUUUUCAAUACAAUGUACAUUAAGGUCUACAUACUUGUAAUUUUUCCUUUUAAUACUUAGAGUGGUAAACUGGAAUUUGUUCGAAGUCUGAUGGAUUUUGAUCCAAAGCUCCUGGUUAAGGACAAGUUAGGUAACACUCCUCUUCACUAUGCAGCUGAAAAAUACCCAGAGGUACUGAACACAUUGCUGAAAAAGGCUCAGGAAUUAGGUAUGGAAAAUGCCUAGUGCAGUCAAACCGUAAUGACAGAGCUGAGCUGUAUGUCUGCCAAUUAAAUCUCGCAUGCAUUGGGAGUGAGUCUCAGGCCAGCAGAUGGAAACUUUUUAUCUUAUGCCAACCUGUUCAUGCCUUCUGGCUACAUUUUUGUGCCUUGCUGAAAAAUGUGAUCUACAUGUAUUAAAGCCUCAACUAGCACUUUUUCAUGAAAGAGAUACUGAUGAGGUGUAACUACCCAGACCUGAGUAGUGCUUCUAAUUGGUUAGAGCAAAUGUUCAACCAAUCAGAAGCACUAUACCCUGUACUCAGAUCUGGGUAGUGACACAUCAGUAUGGAUUUUCUGUGUUGGUUCCUCAGGCAGGUACAGGUAUAUUUACAACUGUUGUUUCGUUUAAUAUAGAAGUCAAUAUUACAUGUAUAAGCUAAGGUAAGAUGUUGAAGAUGGUUUACUUGCAAUGUUAUCUGGUCAUUUCCCUGGAAAAGGAGCUUUCAAGACAUAACAACUAGGAAAAUGUUGAGACUUCUGUACUGUCAAAAUGGCAAAUCAUACGCAUAAAGUCACCGCAUGUGAGCUCAUUGAGUGUGAAACCUUGAUGAACAGCCUGUAGUAACGCUCCCAUAUAUCUAAUGGUUUUCUUUGCCCUAGUUACAGUACUUGUGAAUUGUAGGAGGAAAGACUCUGAAGUUCUAUUGUAACUCUUUAUUCCCAAAAUACAGAUAAAAAUCCUCCUGACUGAUCUUUAUAGAUUUCUUUAAAUAAUUAGUUAAAGAACUUUAUAAAAGAUCAAAGCAGUUUUUAACAAUUCUUGGCAAUGUAUGAUAUUGUAAGGAGAAUUUUGAUGCUGAUCACUAUUGGGCGUCAAAGGGUUAAGGCAAAAUUUCAAAAAAUGUCAACAAAAUUUAACAAAUAACUUUAUAAAAGAUCAAAGCAGUUUUUCUUUGGUUAAUUUUAACAAUUUUUGGAGGUGGGAUAUUGUUGGGGAUGUCCAAAAUUUAACAACUUCCACUUUUGUCCAGGGGCACAUCCAACCCCUAGACAGAGUUAUGCCCCCAUUGCUAUCGAACCCGUGCCCUCCAGCUAUGAGCCCCCAUGCCAAUGGUACCAGGCACCUGUCAAACAGAUUUAUCAGUGGAAAAAUAAAGGGGGGAGGGGGGAGGGAUGGAGGUAAAAGAAUGAUCCAAAGGCUAAACAAUGAGAGUAGCUGCCAGGAAAACUCUGUACUGAGCACAUGGAGGUGAUGCAAGCAAGGCUGACUGGGCUUGAGCCAAACGACUGACCGCUGACCAUGCACGUUCUCCUCGUUCUUAACUGUCUUAAAUUUAUAUAUAUUUAACUUCAUUUAAUGUGUCAUUAGCUAUGCGAGUCUUACUAGUCUAUGUCUCUUCCAUGAUAUUUUUUGGUGAAAUUUGUUUCAUGUUAAUGUUACCAGGUAACCAUGUGGCUGAAGUAGUCAAUGCAACAAACUCCAGUAACCAAUCUGCUUUGGAUGUGGCCUGCCGCUAUUCCCAAGAAGACAGUGUUGAAAUGCUACUGAAAGCAGGAGCAGAUCCUAGUAAACCCCAUGAAGGAUUCCAUCCAAUUCACACUGCAUUGAAUGCUCAGAGCCUUGCUUGUGUUGCGACACUGUUAGAGUUCCAUCCUGAGCAGGUUGAUGUUCGUGAUACAAAAUAUGGUGGAGCUCCAUUACACUGGGCCAAAUCAAAGGAGGUCAGUAAUACAGCUGAACCUUCAUUUGCGAAAAAAAAAAAAUAGAAAUAAAAAUGGUCUGAAAAGUUUAAAUAAUUUGUUAAUCAUGAGUUGUAACAUUAGUGGAAUUGCAUCAUGUACAUAUCAUCAUAUAUUGUUAAUUCAAAUGAUCACAUACUGUAUUACUUGCAACUGAAGGUUAUCGUAGAUCGAUUGAAACAGAUCUUGUUCUAAAUUAUUGAAAGUAAUGUGUUUCAUCAAAGAAUGUAAUGUUAUUUUUAGUCCAGCUUUACUGGUUUCACAGUGACAUGAAUUUAAAUUUAACAAAGGUUAAAAACUUCUUGAUGCUAGACUAUCAAAAAUAUUUGAUUUUUUGAAUUAUUAUUCUGGUCUUAACCGUUUUUUCAUAAUGGUUAUCCACUUUAGGUUGAAUUGCAAUAGCUGUAAUUUUAUUUUUAUUGAUAUCAUAGUUUUAUGAAGUAAAUGUUUUGUUUAUUGUGGAAGUGCUGUCUGUUUUUCAUGCUUAGUUCAAGCUAUUUAUAAGCAUCAACAGGCCAUAGUGUUAAAGUCAGGAUACUGAUAGCCUGCCAUCAUGCUCUCCUGUAUUAAUUUAUGCAAAAAAUAACAAUAAUUAAUUAAUAAAAUAAUGCCUGCAGGUGAAACUCAAGAUGGACUGCAUAUUAGAAACAAAGCCAGCCUGUCAUCUGAGGCCUGGAUUUGAAGGCAGGAACCCCAAAUUGUAGGUCUAAUCGAGUAACUGCUUCUCCAGAAUGCUCUCCUUCACCCUCAAAAGCUAAUUAAAGUGAUUAAUUUUUUUUACAAAGGCAGUUGAGCUACUCCUCGACAGUGGAGCUGACGUAGAAGCAAAGAAUAAUGAUGGAGAGACAGCUCUUCAUAUCAUGGCUCGCCGUCGAAGACUUGGCUGUAUUAUAGUGCUGUUGAGUCGAGAAGCUAAUGUUAAUGCUCAGAGCUCCGAUGGUUCUACACCACUGCACCAGGCUGCUGCUGUAAGUGCAGCCUGCACAGCAGGCUUUCCAAGGGGGAGAGGGUAAGGAGGAAUUUGGGUUCAUGAAGGAAAAGAGAAUGAAAUUUGUCCCACUUCCUCUCUCCUCCCUUGCAUACCUGAUGGAUUCCCUCUAUCCCUUUUCCCUUCAAACCCCUGUCACGAAAGGCUGUUAAUGCUUUUCAUUUUAACUUGUUUUAAAAAAAAUUUUUAACAUCGGUCUUGAUCUACAUGCACACGUUGCUAAUGGUUUUUGAAGCCUGGAAUAGAAGUACGUGUUUUGAGUGUUGUGGUUUGAAAGAUUUCAUGCAAAAAGCUGGGAAUAAAAAUGUCCUUUUUAAUUAAAGAUGCAAAGCUUAAUUUCUUGACUGUAUUUGUUGUAGAUAAAAUCUGUUCUCAGGUAAGACCAUUAGAAUUCAGAGUUUUCUUUGUUUCUUAGCUCUAAUAUUGUUCAUAGGAGACAAAGAAAACUGGUUUGUAAACCCGAGAGAGGAUUUUAGCUACAACAUGUAGAAACAGCCAGGUCGCAGCUAUAAGUUGCAUAGAGUGUGAUUUAUUGGUUGUCAUUAUAAGUGCAUUUAAGAAAAAAAACUUUAUCACUAUAAGGAUUAUUUCUGAUUUUGCUAGGUUGGGGACCCAGACAUAGUUCGUGCCCUCAUUGUGUUUGGUGCUGAUGUUAAUAUCACAAACAAGAGGCACGAAACCCCACGACACUUGGCCACUUUACUUCGACAACAACUGUGGCGUGAGGUUGUGCGGGCUGUUGGAUUUGUAGGCGCAGUGGCUUGUGAUAAAAGCAAGAACGGUUGCACACUUGAGUGUAGCGAACCAUUCCAGGAAGAAAUGAUGAUUGGUAAGAAAACUAUGCUUUCCUUGCAAACUGGUUGUUGGAAGGACAUGGUAUCAGAGCAGGUCCACGCUAAUCUCAAUGUUUUUGAAACCGCCUUUUUUCACACAAAGCGACCUUCCGUCCACAUGAAACCAGUGAAUCUGCCCACUGGAACCACAUCUUCUUAAAAACCACUCUUCUAAUGGUUUAUGGCCCCGUCCACACGAAUCGGAGUAACAAAAGAUGCGGUUUCAAAAAUGUCCGGAAUCGUGUGGAUGGCAAAAAAGAUGCGGUUUCAAAAUGUCCAAAUUUGUUUGAAAUGGAUGGCAAGGUUCUUUUUUCAAAAACUUCUAAGUCAAUCAGGACCUUUCCUGGUGACCAUGGACAACUACAAAAACAGUGCAUUUGUUUCUUCUCAAAAUCAUAACCCAUGCCAUUUAAAGUUUCCAAUUUUUGUUGUGGAAAUGGGGAAAUGCAAUCAAUCAGAGAAUUUAAGAGCAAAUCAAUCAUCUUUUUGAGUCGUCAGAACUGCUCACGUCAAAACAGUAUGUCACUAGAAUUUGAAUAAAUUAAUUUUUAGAUUUUUACUCUAAAACCUGGGCGACCAUUUUAAAUAAAACCUACCUACCUACAUUUUGCCGCGCCACAAUCGCGUAAAUAAUUUUGAUGGAAUGUGCCGCGGCGUGUAUUUAAGUUUUUAAAAACGUUUUCGGUGCGUCGUUUAUGAAAGGGCGGCGUUUAUUUCAAAAUCACAUUUCUUCAAUCACUAUAAAAAAAUUAAACAGAAAGAUAUUCAAAGGUUAUUUUUCUCGCUUUUUUGCUAUAGAAUCGUAAUUGUUAGGAUGUAGUAGAUUAUAAAGUUCCGAGUUUUUUUUUCUUAUAAAUCCUUGAAUAAUCAGCCUCAUUCGUCUGAUUAGGCGCGGCGUUUAUUCGAGAGCGGCGUUGCUUCCAUCUGGGGGAAUAAAUCGAUGGCGACUUUUAUUCGAGUGAAUAAGGAAUUUGUUAUUUGAUCAGUGCGUGUUGUCUUAGAUAUUUUACAUGGUUUUCUCAUUAGCUAACGCAGCGCCCCAAUUUCUUCCCAAACUAAGUCCUUCAUCCUUUUCUUUUCACUCAAAGGUGGCACUAUUGCCAGUGCAGCUCCCACUUUACCAGGCUAUCUAGACAUCCUCAACCUUGCCGCAGGGUUAGUGUCAGCUGGGCUGCUUCAGUCAAGCGCUGGACAAGACUCGGUUGAUUCUGGGCCUAGACGUCAAGGGUCCUACAAGGAAUCAAUCUUCAAAUCUCUGCACAAGAAAGAAGCCAUUCUAACCAUGGAUGGAGGCGGAAUCCGGGGAUUGAUAUUAAUACAGCUGUUACUGGCUUUGGAGGAGUUCACCAAGCAACCAAUUGUGCGGCUGUUCGACUGGAUUGCGGGCACAAGUACUGGAGGUAUUCUAACUCUGGCUAUCGCACACGGUGAGUUUAAAACGAUCUAACUACAUCGGGGGAGUAUCGAGAGCGUUGCUUAAAGUAAAGGAGCCGAUAAAUUGUUUGAAAACAAUUUAUGGUUGCUUUUUUUGUGAGAUAUGCAUGUUAAUGCUUUUAAACAUUUCUGAAAUUUAAGUAAUAUUCUCAAAACCAAAACUUGCACGUUCAAAUUUGAUCUUGAUUGUAGAAGAAAUUAUUAGAUGCAUGGUGGUAAGCAAAUUACAACAGACCAUGUUCUAUUAAUAUUAUAUUUAUUUAAAUUUAUUUUCGUCAGUGUUGUAAACCCUAUUUGCGCAUCCAGGAAACGCCUGAGUGGUAGGCUAUUGAGUGCUUUCAGUAUCAGGCGAAUCAAAUAAGCCCUUUUCCUUUAUAAAUCUUUCCAUGUGCUUUCUUUCAGGAAAGUCUGCUCGUUAUUGUCAAGGCCUCUACUUUAGAAUGAAAGACUUGGUGUUUAAAGGUCCCAGACCGUAUGAUUCUGAACCACUCGAAAGAUUCCUUAGACAAGAAUUUGGAGAUAAUGUCAAAAUGACAUCCAUCUUGCACCCCAGGUAAAGACAAAUAAAAAUAUCGUCUCUUCCCUUCCACUACACUAAUUUUUGCCGUAAUGUUUAUAUCUUGCCGUUUAGCUAAAUGUUGCAGUGUUGUGUUCGAUGACAGCAGUGUUUACAUCGUACUCGGCCGUUUUGUUGUAAGUUUAGCCCUUUCGACAAGUAUCCCUUUUCAUCUGAAAACGGAUUUUCAGUGUUUCCGUUUUGAGAAAAAUCCGGGUCUUUAAAUUGCGUUUUUGAAUCGUCUUUUCCCUCCCACACGAACACACAUUGGUGGGAGUAUGUGCAUACUGGUAUCCAACACCGUGACGUAAUAGCUAUUAAAAACCAACGGUUUCAUCCAUCUACACGAAUACAGCAAAUCGGCAUUUUCAAAAAACCUCCACUCUGGAGAGAAUUUUUGAAAAGAUGCGUUUUCGUUGAACGCCGAGCUACGCCGGUACGGUAGGCCAAACCGGAGAAGAAAUCUCUGCUUUCAUGCAAAAACGGAUACGUGUAAGCGGGUAUUUAGUAAAGGGAAGACUAAGUACAUGUGUAUGAGGCCUUCCUUAGGGAUAAAAGGAGAAGAGAUUUCAAAAACGCCUGAUAUUCGGGUUAAUAAAGUGUUCAUUUAGAGUUUAAGCCACAUCACGUUUACGGCUGAUAGCAGGUAUUUCUACGCCAUCAUUUUUCCGGCUGUUUAGUACUCCGAAUUGCCGUUUAUCUUUGACAGUUUUUCAUGUGAAGAGGGACGUUUUCACGUUUUUGAAGAAAGAGUGAGAGAGAACUGUACUUUUUGUCCUUCUCGAACACAUGAGCAUCUUAGCUUGAAUUUCAGACAUCACUUAGAGUCGUUUACUCCCUCAGUGACGUCGUCACUGAGGAAGUAAACGACUCGAUUGUCGGAAAUUCUGUGCCGUUUUCUGUAUUUGAAUACUACUCGCGCAAUGUUUCUAAACACAGCUAAACACUAACGUAACGUUACCUCGAUGGCACAAGGCCCUUAUUGGAGGAAAAUUAUUAACUGUUUUCGGAUUUUUCCCCUACAAUUUAGAGUCCUUGUGACUGGAGUUUUAGCUGAUCGCAGACCAGCUAGUUUACAUUUCUUUCGGAACUUUGACGUACCAGAUGACCACGAUGAAGCUACCCAUGCAAAAUCUCCAUUUCCGGCGCCGCCAAAACCUUCAGGUACCUUAUAGGUUGUAUAUUGAGAUAAAUACAUCGAUUUUGCAAUGGAAAAUGAUCACUUGAACGUGACAAACUUUUGUAGGGAGUCAACCAAGACAUUAUUAGUGAAUGAGUGAGAAGUGAAGCAAAGGAAAUAUACCGUAUUUAUUCGAUUAACCGCCCUGGGCGCUUAUUAAAUUUUUGUUUACGUUUGAUUUUGGGCGCUUAUUCGAGGCUGGAACAGUAAAUUUUCAACAUUUUCAUGUGUAUAGUAAACAAAACAAAAAUGGUAAUAACAAAACGCGAAGACGUAACAAAGCAACGUUCCUGAAAAUUUUGAAACAACUUAAAAUACUAAAAAUUAUUCAUUUUACUGGUCACGAUUUGAGAGAAAAAUUCAAGGCUGGGCGCUUAUUAACUUUUUCUGCCUUUAGAAACAUUGACCAGCAUUCGAAUAAAUACGGAACAUAGAAUUUACGUUUGAUUUUGUUAAAGGGCGGAACAUCCCUUAAGUAUUGCAUAAAAAGAGAAAAAACUAGGGAGCGUUUCUUCAGUUUGGUAAAAUACUAAAAAGACAUUUUACUCACGACAGAGAAAAACAAGUUGUAGCCUAGAAACAUUGACCAGCAUUCGUAAAGGAGAAUCAAGCAUCCCUUAAGUGUGCCAAAAAACCCACGUUUCUUCAGUUUGGUAAAUCCCCAGGGGAUUACGCAUAACAUUACGUCUCUUUUAUGAAACCGGUUAAUACAAGAGGUGUAAACAACGCUUCAAUUCAAGGCUCGGAAAUUCGGCAUGGGAUUUUUGGGGGGCCGUUAAUUUUUGGUCCACGGAUUUUUUUAAUUUUUUAAUUUUGAUUUUUGCCCCCAUUUGAUCAUCCCCGUCAAUUGAAAUCCGGAGUACCUCCCCCUGGGAGUAAACCAGCCAGUCUGUUGUCACUGUUAAGAAAUUCACUACAAAUCAACUUUUCUUGCCGUUGCAGAUCAGCUGGUAUGGCGUGCUGCUAGAGGAACCGGUGCCGCUCCUUCCUUUUUCCGCGCUAUGGGUCAGUUUCUUGAUGGAGGAUUAAUCGCUAACAACCCAACGUUAGACGUGUUAACGGACAUCCAUAAAUAUAACAGUAAUGUUCGAGGUGAUCAAGCCUGUCCGUUCGGUCUGGUUGUGUCCCUCGGGACGGGAGUUCCGCCCCCGAUGCGUGUCACGUCUUUUGAUGUGUUUAAGCCAGAGUCCAUAUGGGAUGCAACUAAUGUACUCUUGGGAGCUCGUGCUUUAGGAGAAUUACUCGUUGAUCAGGUAUGUACGUCUAGACCUUAUUUACGACACCCGCCAUCUUGCGCUCGCUUUAGGACUGAUGUUGCAAAAGCAAUGUCACGUGGUAUUUCAGGGGGCAAAUAAGAGAUAAAAUUUGCCAAUACGCCUAAUCGUGGUCGAGUUUGUUUAUUAUGUCAAAACGAGACAACAAUUUAAUAGUCAUGCACCCACCCCCCAAAAGUUUGCAUUACUAUUGUUUCUAAUUUCUCCUGGGUAAUAAGUCGUCCCAAGAGAAAUCGAAGACAAUGGUUCUGGAAAAUUGGGAGGGGGGUGGGGGGCGGUAAACAAGGUCAGGAGCCGAUUGCGUGACAAGUAAUCGGCUCCUGACAAGGUGCAUUAUGGUCUAUGUGAAAAUGGUGAAUAAAAGAACCAAUAAUGUCCCAAAAACAUUCCCAUAGUGCAGUUCGACACAUGUCUGACCGAUUCUCAGGCGCCACCUUAAAUUGGCGAAAAGGGUCCAGUUUCUCGGCGGUUUCUUUGCUGUCUGUUUGAGGGGAGACUAUUAACAUUCAACGAGAAGCAACUUCACUUGCAGCAUCAGUUUCAGAGGAAGUGCGUUAUAAAAACAACAACUACGGCUCGCCGUUGAAAUGAUCAUGAAUGCUCAGGAAAGAACUUUACAUUAUUGAUGAUGUUUUAAAUGGAGGCGGAAAUGUGUUGACAGGGUCCUUUAAAGAAGAGCAUUGUUGACUUUACAAAAAACUAAAUUUUUGAAUGAAUGUCCACUAGCUACAAAUCAGCCUGGUAGUGCAAUUUGGUGGGAAGAUGUAAGCAACUUUAUUCUCCGAUGACUCCAUAUAAAUCCUUUUAAAAUAGGCCUGGAUCGUAGUUUUAGAAGGAUUUACAUGGAGUCAUCAGAGCAUAACGGUGGUUAUAUCUCCCCACGACUUUAACCUAACAGGCUGAUUUUCGUCAAGGAGGCAUGUUUCAUCUUAUUCUUUCUGAAUAUGCCAACCAAUCCCUUAAUGUCACAAAGUUGAUUUUUUUUGACAUCACAUCUCUUAAUUUUAUUUCAUUUGCCUAUUUGUUUGUUCUCUUUAUCCAGGCUACCGCUACACACGGCCCGGUUGUUGAACGUGCGCGGGCCUGGUGUCAAAUGGUGGGCGUACCUUACUAUCGCUUUAGCUCUCCAAUGUCAUCCGAUGUUGGUCUAGAUGAGACUGAUGAUCGCAUUCUCGUUAAAAUGCUGUGGGAAACAAGGGUUUAUGUUUUGCAAAACUUCAAGGAGUUCACUGAGUUGGGUAAAAGGUUAACCUCGUGAUCUGAUUUAACCCAGCAGUGAGACUGAUUCAUGGUUGUUGCAACUGUGCAUGUAACCUCACGUGCAAGCAAUUCCCCCAGUGUGUUAACAGUAGGGUGGCAUUUCACCUCAACUUAGAUCUUAAAUUAUUAACUGACUUAACUUAUUUAACGCAGAGAACAGGAUAUCUCAACAACAACAAAAAAUAUAUAUUUCCUCACUUGCAUCACAUUUUGCUAUUUUUCCUUCCCGAACACUGUCUACAAAUUCUAUUCUGUAAAAUACUCAAAAUCAAGAGUGGUCAAGGUUCCUUUUAGCUUCUCUCCUGAAAAUCAAAUAGUUCUAUAUAGUUCCAUAAUGAAUUUUUGUCUAACAUGUUACAAUUAACUGGAUUUCGUCAACUGAUGUAAACGUUUGAGUUGAUACAACUUUAGACGGCAUGUGAAUAGUUUUAACUUUAUAUAAAUACAUAUCUUUAUCUUAUCUUUUACUAACAUCUCGCCACAAUUAGAUUACUCGGAACUCUUGUUCGUGAAAAAAGCUGCGCCAAAGGAGUGAUUAAUGAUUUUUUGUCUGCUCUAAAGGCUAUUAAGUACGAAAAAAUUAAUAUGGAAAGAAAAAAAAAAUGAAAAGCUAUGCUAGAAAAAAUAUUAAAGUUGUUAAGGGCAAGUUAGUUUAACUAUGAUCUUUAACGAUUCAGCGACGUGAGUCUAGGACUACGAGGGGUUUUUGCCAAAGCUUUUAAAUUCCACAGCAUUUCUAAAGCAAAAUGAGUAUAGCUAGAGAAUUAUAAGCAUUUUAAAGUAAAUGGUAAGAAAACAUUUGAAUUCAAAGAGUAGGGCCAUUUAACUUGGAGAAUGUUGUUGAAACCGUAUCAUAACAACCUUAAUGGAAAACAGCAAAUAUAUAUAUUUCAAGGUCUGUGUUUUUUAAUGAGGAAAGGUUUUUAUACCUAGGGACCGUUAUUUAAACACUUUAAUAUGACUAAACUUGAUAACCUUACAUGUAGCGAC